AUGACCAUCAGACCGGGCCAACCCUCCAACCUCCCCAACUUCACCCGCUAUAUAACAACCCACAACUCCGCAGGCGAAGCCAUCAUCCACUCGGAAACACCCGCAAACUGGAUAAGUUUACGCAAUGAUACCCUCGGCUUCAGCGUUGCCUACACGACGUCCGAGUUCCCCGCGAACCUGAACAACGAGGCGGACGUUACCCAGAGCGAACAGGCCGUCACCUCCGGGUCUCUGGGUCUCGUCAACCCUGGCGGAACGGUCUGUCGCGUCGUGGACUUUGCACCGGGUAAACCGGGUAUCAUGCAUCGUACGCGGAGUCUGGAUUAUGGGAUUGUGCUGGAGGGUGAAAUUGAGAUGAUGCUGGACUCGGGGGAGAAGAGGCUCUUGAAAAGAGGCGAUAUUGCGGUUCAAAGGGCUACGAUGCAUCAGUGGCGGAAUCCGAGCGAGACGGAAUGGACGAGGAUGAUGUUUGUGUUGCAGGAAUGUCAGCCUGUAAUUGCUGGGGGGAAGGAGAUAGGGGAGGAGUUGAAGGGGAAUAAUGAUAUUAAUAGGAUGAGGUGA